AUGAUCACCGUUUUUACGCUCUGCUUUUGCUGUUUUUCUAAAUCAUUUACGACGCUCACCGGUGCGACCCCUCGCAUGCUCUCUGCCCAGCUCCUCGCCCUGCAACCUCACGCGCUCCGGCCCGCGCUGACGCCGACUCGCCGUGGCUCUUCGUUUUGGUCGGAACCGUGGACCGAGCCACUCCUCUUCCAGUCGGCGUGGCGGAUGACGCUCGACAUUCAGAGCGGCGGCGCCCGCCUUGCGGUUCCGUUGGAGAUCACAUUCUCGGACGAGCCUGUCGCGAGUGGUGACUUUCGCUGGACCGUCGAGGAGCCAACUUGCUGCCCCGCGAGGCGGCUCCUCGCUUCAGCGGGCGCGUUUGUCGGCCCUAAAGGUGAGGUGAGCGUCGAGGCCCGGCCGGGCGGCUGGCUAGCCGAGCCGCCCGACCGCUGCGGCAGAUCCGCGCUCCGCUUCUACAUCGACUUUCCCGACGGGGCGCAGCGCAACGGCGCCGCCCUUCCUCCGGGCCGCGCCUUCUUUCGCGCUGCGUGCUGGGAUGGCGCGCAGCUGCGCCAGUUCGAGGCAGAGGCCGCUGCCGUCCGGGCGGAGCUGGAUGCGCUGGGUGCGGCAGCCGAGGCGUCCGCCUCCCUCGGGCUGUCCGCUGAGCGGGCGGAGGCGGCGGUGCCGAGCGAGCGGAGGCAGCUUCUCGAGUACCAGCUCGAGAUUAUCGAGCGAUCGAUGCCGGACGAGAGGGGCCCGGGAGACCUGCAGAUGGCGGCGGGAGGCGAGCUGAGCAUCAAGACGGACGGCGUGGCAAAUAUGUGGGGUUUGAUCAGCAGCAACUUUGACACCAUCGGAGGCUUUACCUUUGCUCCCAUUCGCCCGGCCGGCGCCGAGGUGUCGUAG